AGCUUGUUCCUUUUCCAAAAUUUCGAUCAAUUUGAUAAUAUACUCAAUUUCAAUACUGAAUACAGAAAUUCGUCCAUCUCCAUGGUGAAAGGCAGCAGCGCUACACCGGAUAAGGGUCGGACUUUACCGGUUGACCCGAAUCUUCCCCGGUACAUCUGUCAGAACUGCCACAAUCCCCUUUGCAUCGCCGGCGUCGAUAAUUAUGCCGACAAGUUUUUCCCUGAUUCUUCUUAUCGCUCCGGGAUGCAGGCCUCUUCAAUUCAUGGAGCUGGUAGUGCUAUAGGGUCGACGAGCCGAAUGGAAAAUUCGUAUGUUAUGUUGCCAAAGCAAAGAAAUCAGGGAUCAGGAAUUCCGCCUCGAGGACGAGGAUCUGCACAGCCAGAUGCAAGCCAGUUUGGGAGGGCCAUGGAAGAAUCAUUUGUGGUUUUGCCUCCACCAGCUGCUUCAGUAUAUAAGUGUGAGCCUACGUCUGAUGGAUCUGGUACAAAUCUUCCAUCACCAGAUGGUGGACCUCCAAAUGCUCCCAUGCAGUCAAACAAUUCUGGGUUUCACUCCACCAUCACUGUCCUAAAACGUGCAUUUGAUAUUGCCACAACACAGACCCAGAUUGAGCAACCCCUAUGUCUUGAAUGCAUGAGGGUGCUGUCUGAUAAACUUGAUAAGGAGGUUGAAGAUGUUAACAGGGACAUACAAGCCUAUGAAGCUUGCCUUCAUCAAUUGGAGGGAGAAGCAAGAAAUGUUCUUAGCGAGGCUGAUUUUCUGAAGGAGAAGUUGAAGAUAGAAGAAGAAGAGCGGAAACUUGAAACAGCAAUAGAAGAAACAGAGAAGCAAUGUGCUGUAGUCACUGCUGAACUGAAGGAACUAGAGAUGAAGUCUGGCCGCUUUAAGGAGUUGGAAGAGCGGUACUGGCAAGAAUUCAAUAACUUUCAGUUUCAGUUGAUAUCUCAUCAGGAAGAGAGAGAUGCAAUUUUAGCUAAGACAGAAGUUUCACAAGCUCACUUAGAGCUGCUAAAGCGGACUAAUGUGCUCAAUGAUGCAUUUCCAAUCUGGUAUGAUGGUGAAUUUGGAACAAUUAACAACUUUCGUCUCGGAAGACUUCCUAAAAUUCCGGUUGAGUGGGACGAGAUAAAUGCAGCAUGGGGUCAAGCGUGCCUUCUUCUCCAUACAAUGGCUCAGCAUUUCCGACCAAAGUUUCAAUAUCGGAUAAAAAUUAUUCCUAUGGGAAGUUAUCCUCGGAUCAUAGACACCAACAAUACUACUUAUGAACUAUUUGGCCCAGUAAAUCUCUUCUGGAGCACACGGUAUGAUAAAGCAAUGACAUUGUUCUUGAUCUGCCUAAAGGAGUUCUCCGAGUUUGCAAAUUCAAAAGACAGGGAAAACAACAUUCGUCCUGAUAAAUGUUUUAAGCUUCCUUACAAGAUUGAAAAUGACAAAGUUGAAAGUUACUCCAUAACCCAGAGCUUUAACAAACAAGAAAAUUGGACCAAAGCUCUCAAGUACACACUCUGCAAUUUGAAGUGGGUGCUCUACUGGUUUGUUGGUAACACAAAUUUCCAGCCACUUUCUGGAACAGUCUCUUCACAAGCUGAAGUUCCAGCUGCAGCAGGAUCACUGUACAGCAAACAACCAACUAAUACCAAGUUUCAAUCUUGAAUCACUAAUAACAACUUCUCCCCUCGUUCUAAUCGUGUCGUAAGUAGACAAGAAACUCAAAUUAUAUGGAUGCAAAGCGAUCACUUGUAAUAUUGCAUCAUUUUAUUUAUUUUCUUGUCUCCUUGAAAUAGUUUGGCGUUGUAUAUAUAUAUAUAUAUAUAAAUACCAAUAUAGCUAUGCAUUUAUAAAGUGCAUUUGGUUUA